AUGUUUUGUUUAUGUUUAUAUUGUUUAUAUUAUUUACAGAAAAAAGUAAGAAGUGGAAAAGUUACCAAACAACAAAAACUAAAAUUUCUAGAUUUAUUGAAAAAUCAUAGAAAUGUUGGUACCGGACAAUUUGGUGGCCCAAACAACGGCAAAGCUGCUAAUGCUGUAGGGGCAACUCUCACAGCGGAAUUGAACGCAUGCGGAAGAGCAUGUAAAACCGUUGAGCAGUGGAAAAAGUGCUGGGCAGACUGGAAGUCAGGCGUAAAGAAGCAGCAGGCCGCAAUUAUGCGUUUCCAGAACGCUACUGGACAUCGUCCUGCCUCUGAAGGUCCAGCGCCGCUAGAUGGUAUGAACCUGCAAGUGUUAGACUUUUUCCCAACUGCACUUGUUGAUGGCGAUGGCGUUACUAAGGAGUCGGGGUUUCAAGAGAUGAAUGAUAGUGCGAAUGAAGAAUUGCAGAAAUCACUUGAUGACGUGUUGGAUACAUCUCAGAAAACCUGA